UUCUUUCUUUCUUGACUUGUUGAUUCUUAUCUUGCGUGCAUAGUUGGCUCGUUGUAAUUAAGAGCUAUUUUGAUUAAAUAUUUUAUAAGCCUUUGAAACAUAUUGUGCUUUAUAAUAAUAACUACUUUUCAAUGCCUCGCAAACCAUGUUAUUGGACGCGAAAGUUAGAAUUAGAGUUAGUUGCGUUUGUUCGAGAAAGGGAUUACAUAUGGCGCCCCGUCGGCAACACAAAUCACCAUAUUCAGCAGAAAUACAAAGCUUACGCUGAGUUUGCAGCUAGACUGGGCCGUGGAUUUACUGCUCGCUCUGUCCGUGAUCGCUGGGUGAACAUCAGAAGUACUUUCAACCACAAUCAUCGCAGAGUGGAAAGGUCCAAGCUCAAAGCGAACACUGCGGCUGACAUAUACGUUCCAUGCUGGCCUUUGUGGAAGCCCUUGCAGUUCUUAAAAGAUGUUUGUAAGCGGGAAGAUCUGAAUUAUGAGAAAUUUGAACCUGCUGCCAGUGAUUUCAAAGAAUUCUCAAGUAUUCAAGUUAAAGAAGAACAACAGUCAGAAUUAGAAAAUGAUUUUGAAUUAAAUAUUCGCCAGAGAAGCCAGCGCACAGAUAGACCACUUCGCAAACCAAGAGUUAUGAAAAAAAGCAAUAGAAAAUCAAAAUGCAAGCAGGUUAUCGAUGACCUUCUCAUGGCUAUGAAGCCUAUGGUUUCUGAACCAUUGCCAGAUCAGAGCUACUGGUUUUUCGGAAAACAUAUUACGGAAAGACUGAAUUGUAUGAGGAGGAUUGAUGCUGAAAGUGCAUGUCAUGACAUCUUGAAUCUGUUAAAUGAAUGGCAGCAAGAUGAUCCAACGUAAAAUGUCAUUGUCUUGAUUUGGUCUUGAAUUUACUCUGUGGGUCCAGUCUAAAACAAACUAUAAAAGUCAAAGUCUACAGUGGAGUUUUAGGCUUUUUUUCUUGUCAAAAGAUGUCUAAGGUUGUUGAUCUUUCUGCAUUCAAAUUCGUGUUAGUGACUUGGAAUUUUGAAGUGUUAUGACUCAUAACAAUAGGACAUAUUGGAAUGGUAUUAUCACCAGUCAAAUCUAUAAUUUCACCCAACUUGGUAUGUUUGAUCUAGUUGACUUAACUUCAAAAGUUUGUAUUAACUUGUCUAUUGUGUAUUCUGGGAAAGAAAUGGCAUUAUUUUAUUUAUUUAUUUGUAUCAAGCGUCUUGGGUCUAUAGAAAAUAUUAUAACAUUAAAUUAUAUACUAAUACAUAUUUUAUAUAAAGAACUUUUGACUGUGAUGUGUUAGUAAGCUGGUUCGUGGGUAAUUGGGUAUCAAGGCAUUGAAGGAAUGAAGACAGGUUUGGUCUUUGUCUGGUCCAGCACAUUCUCAAUUGUUUGAAACCACAGCAAUUCUAUGCAGGGUAGUAGUGGUUCAAUAUCAAGUGUAGUAUGUACAUACUAUACCUAUAUAUGUAGGUAUAUAUUAUAUCCACUAAAUCUAUUAUUUUGCUUUGAAUGUAUGAUGAUGCAAUUCAUUUGAGAUCUUAAAGAAAAUUAAAUUGUUUAGAGGUGUUGUUGUUCGAGAAAAUAUUUGUGACAUAUUCUGGCUAUGUUUGUACUUGGCAGCGUUUAGUCAAGUAUAUCAAAACUCUGAGUAGAAAGUUCUAGAGUAGUGUCUUGAAAAGUUGUUUAAAAGAAAGCUUGAGGGUAAUUAUUGGUAAAAGUUGUAGUUAGGAGUCAAGGAUUUUUUUUAUUGUAUUCAGUCUUGCAGUUGGUUUAUGUUUGUCGCUCUCACACAUGUUCUUUGUUAGUUUAUCAGCUGUGUUGCUCAGUUGCGACAGCAAACUUAAAUAUAAAAAAUGAAAACCCAAAGAAACGCAAAACUAUAUUUGCUAUCAGUAUAUAUUGUGUCUUGAAUUACUAUUUCCUUUCUGAAUGUGAAGAAAAUUAAUUUUCGAUCAUAGGACUUGCACAUGGAUCAAAUAUAUAUAAGAAACAAAUUUUGGUAAAAUUAAAUUCACUUCAUACUGUAUCCAGACUUACACCCAAUUGCACCAGGAUCGCCAUUUUGUGAGGUAGUAAACCCUCAACGUAAAAUAAGUAUCGGGUGUACAAUAAGCUUAAAAAUUCGCUGUGGGUUAGCAUCUCCCUGCGCAAAUAUAAUAUCACCAGAAUCAACUACAAUACUACUACACAGCUAAUUAUGGCUAGGUGCAAUUAUUUUAAUAAACUUAUAUUAAAAUGUGAUUUAUACGUUACAUUUUUAAUAUAAAGAUUACAAUAAAACUUGUGAUGUGUGUAGACAAAAUAAUAGAAAUAAACUAAAAUCUACCUAUAUUAUUAACGUACAACAUAUUUACAUACAUACAAACGAUUAAACCUAAUUAUAACUAUAGUCUUCUCAAAGUUUUUUGGAUAUUUUGUUUAUUAAUGCCUGUGUCUCGUCCAUUAUAUGUACAUAUAGUCCACAGGCUCAGUCACAAUGUAUUGCGCACUAAACACUACCACUUCCCCGUCAGGGUGUGAUGUUGGGCUUGCCAACCUUCCGACAGGCAGGGUCCUUAGGUGUUGAUGAGGGUAGACGUGUUAAUAAAACAACAGAACUACAUAUUUAGGUAUAGUCAAGGCAACCAAUACCUACUAAGAAGUGCACACCUUUAUUGAAUAUACUACGCUAUUUAUACAAAGGAAAAGCUACGUGCUUAUCUUAACUAAUUACUAUCUUAUUAAAUAUCUUAUUCUGUACGAGGCAUUCCUAUCGUCUACUUAUCUUAACAUUAUCAAUACUAACUAAUCACUACGUGAUCAUAGACCACACCACAUCACCCUUCCAAAGGAAAAAAAUAAAAUAAAUGCAUACUUUUUUUUUUUCACCUUUUACAAUAUAACUUAGUCCUAUUUUUAUGCACUACUUUAUCUACAUUCGACUUAUCCUUAAUUACAACAUUUGGUGAUUCAUCCUUGACAACCACAAACGGUCCGUCAUAUACACAAUCUAAUUUGGUACCCGUUUCAUUUUUAAUUAACACCAAAUCACCUUCUUUAUAAG